UAAUUAUUCGUAGUUACGGGACGAUUUCCCAUGAAGAACCAAUUCAGACCGAUCAUUGUGGAGUCAACUCGGAAACUCGGUAAACCCAUUCUUUAUGUUCUGCUGGCAUUCGUCACCGUCAAAGUCUCUAAUUCUCUGUAUCGCUACUUGCAUAAUCAUUCGAUGUCAUCGUCGUCUUCAACUUCAAGUGCAACUGAUGCUGAAACUCUCCGGCGAAACCGAAUUCUCUCCAGCAAGCUCUACUUCGAUGUUCCUCCCUCCAAGGUCCCGGUGGUUUACUCACCUGCUUACGAUAUUUCGUUUUUUGGAAUAGAGAAACUGCACCCAUUUGAUUCUUCUAAAUGGGGUCGUAUAUGCCAGUUCCUCAAUUUGGCUGGUGUUUUGGACAAAAGUCGAAUUGUUGAGCCAGUGGAAGCUUCAAAAGAGGAUCUCCUUGUGGUGCAUACAGAAUCAUAUUUGGAUAGUCUGAAGAGCAGCCUAAAAGUUGCCACAAUAAUGGAGGUCCCUCCUGUUGCACUAGUUCCCAACUUUCUUGUGCAGAAGAAUGUUCUUUAUCGAUUUCGCAAGCAGGUGGGUGGAACAAUACUGGCAGGCAAGCUGGCAAGAGAGCGAGGAUGGGCUAUCAAUAUUGGAGGAGGGUUUCAUCACUGUUCUUCAAAUAAUGGAGGUGGAUUUUGUGCUUAUGCAGACAUUUCUCUUUGCAUACAUUAUACCUUCGUUAAGUCAAAUAUAUCAAGGGUCAUGAUAAUUGAUCUUGAUGCGCAUCAAGGAAAUGGUCAUGAAAAGGACUUUUCUAAUGACGGGCGAGUUUAUAUUCUGGACAUGUACAACCCUGGAAUAUAUCCAUUUGAUUACGAGGCAAGGAGGUACAUAGAUCAGAAAGUUGAAGUAAUGACUGGGACAACAACAGAUGAGUACCUAAAUAAAUUAGAUGAUGCACUUGAGGUUGCUGGUCGUAUGUUUGAUCCUGAGUUAGUGAUUUACAAUGCUGGCACUGAUAUCUUAGACGGGGAUCCACUGGGCAGGUUAAAGAUUAGCCCUGAGGGGAUCGCAAAUAGAGAUGAGAAGGUCUUCAGAUUUGCUCGCUCAAGAAACAUUCCUGUUGUCAUGCUCACAUCAGGUGGUUAUAUGAAGUCCAGCGCAAGAGUAAUAGCAGAUUCGAUAGCAAAUCUUUCGAGAAAAGGCCUUAUAGAUACGGGGAGUUCCCAGGGAAGGUCUAAAAGCAAUUAAAGGUCGUUUCUCUGUGCCAUUUGGAUCAUAUUCAUACGGGGAAAAUAGAUAAACACCAAAAUCACACACCUUUCACCUUUGUAUAUUAUUGUAUAAAUCUGAAGCAAAUAUGUCUUAAAGCUCUAUAGGUAGUAGUUAUCUCUAUGUAAUGUAUAUAUUGGAAUUCAACAGGGCUAAGUUAAAAAAGACGUAACGGUAGUGAUAAAGGAACUGUAUACUUAGGUCUGUAACUGUAACUGUGGUAAACAUAUGAAAUUACGCUUUUGUA